AUGUGUGGCAGUUUCAUACGUAAAGACAACUGGGAUAUACCUGGAAAUAACAUAUUAUCUUCUCCUAUAAAACAACCUGAUUAUGCUAGCUGUUGUUCGCAAUGUCAAGCAACUUCUGGAUGUAUUGCUUUUACAUAUUCACCAUUAAGUCAACGUUGUUCGCUGAAAAAAAGUAUGGGUAUUGGUGGAAAUGCAACUGGCAACAGCAUUUCUGGUUACUAUUUCUAUCCAUUACGUGGAAGUUCAAUUGACAUUCAUCCAAAUGCUCAAUGGCAACAGGAUGGUAUCACUGUGGCUGGAGGCAAUGGGAAAGGCAAUUCACUCAAUCAAUUCUCUCUCCCAUGGGGUUUGUAUGUUGACGAUGAUGAAACAAUCUAUGUUGCUGAUUAUGAGAACCAUCGUAUUAUGAAAUGGGGAUCGGGUGCGACGAGUGGCCAAGUGGUUGCCGGUGGAAAUGGAAAAGGAAAUGGAGAUAAUCAGUUGUCUUAUCCAUAUGAUGUAAUUGUCGACAAAGAGAGAGAUUAUCUCAUCAUCUGUGAUUCUUCGAAUAAAAGAGUGGUUCGAUGGCCUCGUCUAGAUGGAACAAGUGGAGAAACAAUCAUCUCCAACAUUGGUUGUUGGGGUUUGACAAUGGACGAGUAUGGAUCUCUCUAUGUCGUUGACGAUGCUAACAAUGCAGUGAGACGAUAUAAAAUUGGUGACGCUGAAGGAACAGUGGUUGCAGGUGGUAAUGGACGAGGAAAUCUUCUCAAUCAAUUCGACGGACCCCGCUACAUAUUUGUCGAUCGACAUUAUUCGGUUUACGUAUGUGAGAGGAACAAUAAUCGUACAAUGAAAUGGGCAGAAGGUGAAAAGUUAGGCAUUAUCGUCGCUGGUAGUGCAGGAUCCGGAAAUGAUCUUAGACAAUUGGUAAUUCCUAAAGGAGUCGUUGUUGAUCAAUUUGACACUGUCUAUGUGGUUGAUGACGGGAACAAUCGAAUCAUGCGUUGGCCUAAAGCAGCCACACAGGGAAGUAUCAUUAUUGGUGGAAACAAUAUAGAAAGCGGAUCGAACCAACUUAGUGGGCCCGUCGGUUUGUCAUUCGAUCGGCACGGUAAUCUCUAUGUCGUGGACUGGGGAAAUCAUCGAGUACAAAAAUUUCAAAUCAAGUGAACUCAGAACGAUUAUUAAUAUUAUUUUUUUUGUUCUGUUUCUUUCACAAAUACAUCGCUAUUCAAUGAAAAAGAAUUAAUGGCUAAUCUAUUCGUACACGCGCGCAAUCAGGAAUCAUCCUGAUGGAGCUGUGGCGACCAUGAAACUCAUACACGCACGGGACACUCAGACAGUUCCUGACCGAACUUUUAGGGACUACGCGGACGUCCUUCCGAUAACAGAGGCUAACAUCAAUAGACAUGAUUCAUUCCAUCCUCCCCUCACUGACGCUCACUUUGCUAAGUCUAACCCUAUUCUUAUCUAAAACAAAAGUAAGAAAUGAUUACUCACUACGUCGAAUAUUGACCAAUGUUGAUAAAGACGACAUGAUGAUAUUGACGGCUAAAUGAAAAAGAAAAAAAAAUAAAACGAUGAAAAAGGAUUAGAUAAUAUACGCUCUGAUACAUUUUCCUUAUUGUUCAUUUCCUAAAAUUACCAAAAAGAUAAAACGGAUCACAGGAGGACUUACCGCCCUCCAUAUGAUUCAAAAGAAAAAAAGUAAAUAAAUAAAAAAGAAUAAAGCAAAUACCUACUUUUUUAUUGUCUUGUUUGGUAUUAUGCUGUUUAGUAUUGUAUCCUUGAAGUCAAUCUAAAAUAUAAAAACAAAAAAUUAUUAUUUGAUUCAAGCAAGGAAUAGUUUUAUAUAGAAAACUAUUCAUAUUUAUACCUGAUUUUUAUUGAGAGAAAAAUCACUUUUUUUCUUGCGAUUGGAGAAUGAGUAAAAGAUGAAUCUAAUUAAGCUCGAAUUCGGACACAUACGUCGUUAAGAUUAAUAUAAUUACAAAUAUCUCAAUGUAUAUGUAUAGAUAAAGCUCAAUUGAUAUGCACAUUAAUUAACUCUUCCCUUCCCCUAUAUUAGAAGACCCUCCUUGGAAAAAAGUUUGAAAAACAUAUUACAAGAUCCGGGUCUUCUCAUCAAUCAAGAAGAACUUCAAAAGCUUUUUUUGUGAAAUUUUUUCUGUUUUCAUAUCCAACUAGCCCGGUAAAAAGUUUUCAGUCUCGUUCAAUAAUUGGGAGAUGGUCUCUGCAGAUUAGGAAGGAACCAUUAGAAGCUUGAAAUUGCAUGCUCCUGCUUGGACAUAAUUAUUCUUUACAUGUCACUAUAUAUUUUUUUUUAUUGUUCUGAAAUGAUAUUAUACCAGUUUCAGUAAAAAAGAGUUGACAAACAGUUUCCAAUAUUAAGUUUCAAGUGUUUAUUGAAGUUUUAUUACACUGUUUAUCGACUCUUUCCUUGCACUCGAGUUGUUACAGGGAUAGAAUCGAGUCUUGCUCUACAUAGUGUUCGAGUGAAGUAAUCAAAAUGACUAAGUAUACUGAUGGGAAGCCAUAAGACUAUGUUUAAAAAUAUUAUCAAAAUUCAGCGUAAUAAAUGAUGGGUGCUGGUUGAGUAUGAUUGUGGAAAGAACAACACCGACACCGAUACCCACACCUUUCUCGAUUCAAGUCGACCUAUUUUUUCGGCUAAAGGUGUUUUUCCGAUUGCUCACUAACUAAAAAGACUUUUUUCCAGAAUGUGGUUGAAUACUCACGGAUUUAUCUUACUACGAGCUCUGGGACUAUUAUCGGAAUUUAAAAAAAAGGCUAUCGAGCAAAAUGCUUAUAACUUUUGAACGAAGAUAGCUAGAGCCCUGCGGUUUUCGCCAUUCGAAAGAGAAGACAAGGGGACGCCUUUUUCUCCAAUAUUGUAUGGGACGAAAUCAUUUAAAAAUCAGUCAUUUCUACAAAACAUCGAAAAAAUGUAUAAAAAACGGUCUGCCAUUCAUUUGAAAUUUAGAUGAAAAGUAAGAAAAUAUGCUUAAAAAUUAAAAGAACUCUAUAGUUUUCGUGCGAUUGAAUAGACAAGUUUAUUUGUUCAACAUUAGGAGGUGGAAAGAUAAUCAUUCGAAUUAUAGGGUGUGGGUGUAGGUGUGGGUGUCGGUGUCGGUGUGGGUAUGGGUAGAGAUGCACCAGUCCCAGUUCUGACUGGUGAACUGGGUCCCAGCCGGACUGGGUAUUGAGUCCCUUGAUCUUUAGUCCAUUAGUCGAGUAGUACUUUCUUCUUUUCUAGUAUAUUGUCAUACAGUGAUUCUUAGACUGUUGAAGUACUGAUAUAAACUAUAACACUGAAUCCAUUGGUUAAUCAUAUAUAUCUAUAUAUCAAUCGUUAUAAUUUAAGAUACUAUAAAUAAAUUUUCAUGUCUUCAUGGUGUGGGUGUGGCAAUGGUGUAGGUGUGGGUGUUUUGGAUGGAUGUGGGAGUGGAUGUUGUUUGUAUGUGAGAAUAGUUAGCAUGACAAUAACGACACCCAUACCAACAUCAAAUCCACCCCCACACCCACAUCCUUAGAAAAGAGGGAAGUACUGAUCGAUUAGCGGAAUAAACGUCAAAUGACUAAGUGGUCAGUCGUGGCUGGGACCCAGUUACUGGCACUGGUGCACCCCUACCCGGUAUGGGUGUGGGUCUUCUCCUACCGAUACACCUACAUCCUCACGCCCGGGCUCACACUCACACCUUUUUUCUAUCGUAGAUAAUGAUUUCAUUUAUUUUGAUCGAUAACUUCUGUCUUAUCACAUUAAACAUUGGUUGGUCCUAUCUUAUCUGGUGGAAAAACAUUAAUUUAGUAAUAUUCGAUUUCACUAACUGUGCUACUCUAUGAUGUAUGAGUCAAUAACUACAAAAACAUCUACAGAUUGUAUACUUCUCUGAAAAACUCAACUUUGAAAACUUUGACAAAGAAUUUAAACUUCUACUCGGUAAUAUUACUUUCCUGCAAUACCUUAUCAAUAUUCAAUACAUUAUCUACUUCACAAUAUACUUAUAGUAAACUCAGGAGAUCGAAUCGUAACCACAGAAAUCAAUAACAAAAUUUCCCAAACAAAGCUGUUAAAAUACAACACUAUAUUUUUCCUAUAUCAAGAGGUUAGGCCAUCUACAACUCCUUUGAAAUUUUCUAAGCUAGAAUGAAAUCGGUCAUGGUAGCUCCACUCACACUCACUUACCCAUUGCAUAUACGAUUGGUUUGUCAAAUUUCAUAUAAAAUUGACAAUAGAAAACGAGUUCAAUUAUUUGCACCUGAGACAUCUCUUUCGUAUUUCAUGUCCAUUAUCUAUUUAGAGCUUUGCUACUAAUAGAUGAUACUGCCGUAGUUGAAACGAUUGAACUGUUAACGCAACUGCGAUCCUAGCCUAAACAAAGCAUAUCAUUGAGGCAACUUUGUUUCCAUAAACUUUUAUGUGGUCUUUUUGGUGGUGUGGAUAUGGGAAUUUAUUUCACAUCCGACAUUCACAUCCUCAGAGGUCACAAAAAGAGAUUGCCUGUUCGAAAUACUGAAAGUUGAGAUAAAAAGAAAGAAAGAGAGAUUUUUUUAUCAAACCCGCUUUUACUUGCGUAGAUUGCGCUGAUAUGCUGUUUCUUGAGUUCUGCAGAUAAAUAGAAAAAAGAACAAAGAAGGCUGAAGCAUGAUUUAGUCGCUUCUGGUGUGUAUGUGUGGUUGGUGGACAAUCUAUUCACAAAAAGUAAAGCAAAGAAGAGUAUAUUAUCGUUUACAGUCGUCAUCGUCGUCUUGUUUAUAACAGUUAUACACUACUGUAUAAAAUAUGCUUAUUUAACAUUACGUGGCCCAAUACCUGGUAUUCUACCUCAAUUUUUUUCGGCAAUUUACUACAGACAGACAUCAUUUGGCUAGGCAAAUCGAAACCAAAUGUAUAUCUCAAGCUCAAAACCCAAUUCUGCGAUGUUUUUCAAUGUUGGUUCAGUUCUACACAUAUCAUUGUCAUUAGUUCUCUCGAAGAUGCACAACACAUUUUUGCCAAUCGACAUGUAUACGAUCAAGUAGAUCUCUUAAUCCAAAAGCUCAGUCUUCUCAAUCCAAGUGAAAUCUUUUGCUUAAAAAGUUAGAAGAAUAGAUAAACCAUCCUUUUUAUUUAACCUAAGAAAGGGUAAAGACUUAUCUCACUCUCUCCAUCUUGGUCUUCAACAAAUAUAAAAAUGAUUUGCCUUAUAGGAGCUAAAUACAAGCGUUGCACAAGUGCCACAAAUCCAUUGUUUCGUGGUAGCAAAGUUCUCAUGCAUUUAGAUAUAAUUAUCGAUUGUACAGACAAAUUGUUAGCUCGAUGGCGUCAAAUAGAUGAUCCAACUAAAACUCAUUUGAAUAUGAACGAACAAACUCGCUAACUUGUACUUGCUAUUUUUAGUUUUAUUGCAUUUGAUUAUGAUCUACAAACACUAGACGAUGAAUGUGGAAAGAAAAAAACAGAGCUAGUUCGUGCAAUGAACAUAUUCCACGUCACAGCAUUCAAAAUCCUGAAAAUGCCAUUAAUCAUCAACCUUAUCUAUUUAUUUUUUGAUCUUAACUACCGACGAGCACGUAUAAUUAUCGAUUAGU